AUGGAUUGUUUUGUCUCUCAGCGUCGUCCUGAGGACGUGAAGGAGGUGUUAGUAUGGGGGAGGUACAGUGAACUGAAGAAGCUGUCUUACACACACAGAAACCUGUUCAGGAGACAGGAGGAGUUCCCUCCGUUCCCCCGCGCUCAUCUCUUUGGUACGACCCUGUUUGAUGAAGGGGUGAUUGAGGGAGUGCUACUGUUCACCACCAACAUCCCUGCUCUCUACAACAGCCCUCAGCUAAAGGACUUCUUUAGGGUGAGAAACCCACACAAACACUCACACACAGAGACGCACAAAGCAGAGAAACACCAACAACAUUUAAGCCCCGUUCUAAAGGUGUGGAGAGGUGGUGAGACCACUGGAACCCUCCCUCCCCUCCCCCAGCGCAGAGGCUCAGACUGUGAACUAGUGGAGGAGGGGACUGUGGCUCCUAUCCAACCCCAGGACCUGGGCCUCUCCCUGGGCACAGAUCUAGGCGAGCCUGAGGUGGCGGCUGAGGCCUAUAGUGAGAUGGGUGGGAGUCCUACUCCGGUGGAAGAGACUGAGCUACCAGACGAGCUAGAAAACCGAGUUCCCUCUCAGUUCCAGCCCUGCGUCCUGGGAACGGACCAAUCACAGUCUCAGGGCCCCCCUACGGUGCCAGGGCUCUGGGCCAUUUGUGACUCAUACAAAGACAUUGUCUGCUUAAUUUAUCUUCCUGAAGUCUUUUACAAUGUUUUAAUUUAAUGUUAGUAAUAAUAUGUACUGUAGAGUGGAUCUGUACACUACACAAACAUUUCGUUAAUUGUUUUCUAAAUAAAUACGGUACAGUAGA